AUGGUACCUUACGUUCAAGAGUUCAAUAGCACCGUUCCAGUCUCUAAGGCUACCCGGCCUGAGAACGUGGUGCUCAACCACGACCAGGUGCCGAAGCCCGUCGCGGACGACUUCAUGUACGACUUCAAAUACAACCACAGCCUCCCCACUACGGACAUCUUAGGCAUUGACAUUCCCACCGAUUGCGAUGCUCAGAAUGAGGCCGAGGGCAUUGUAGCUCGUCUCUCUAAGGCCACAUCAGAGGAAGAUGCGCAAGCCUUCGCUGAUCUGUUCCUCUAUUAUGGCGUGUGGCGUGACAAGCUCUCAUUCACCUGGGACUUCCGCACAUUCAACUUCAAAGACGCCAUCCUAAAAGCCGCCACCGACCUUUUGCCUCAAACCAAGGCGAGAAACUUCAACUUUCUCGAGCCUGCGCCUUCGGUGUCGCGCCCGUACCCUGACUUCUCUCAGCUGCAAUUCGUUGUAUCCUUCGAGACCGAGAUUGUCCUUGCGUCGGCUGUCAUCAAUGCAGUUCUCACUCAAGAUGGCUGGAGAAUUUACACCAUGCAUACUGUUGCUGAAAGCCUCAAGCAGUUCCCCGAGCAGGCCGCACCAGAUGGACACAUGACUGGUAUCACUAGCUGGGAGAGUCAGAGAUCCGAGGCCAUCAACACUGUUGACCCGGAGGUGCUGAUUAUCGGUGGUGGUCAAAAUGGUCUCGCUAUGGCAGCACGCUUGAAGGUUCUUGGUAUGAAAAACCUGAUCAUCGAACGCAGCGACGAAGUCGGAGAUAUCUGGAAGAAGCGUUACGAGUACCUUUCCCUGCACUUCCCCCACUGGCCUGACGCCCUGCCAUACUUCAAAUACCCUCAGCAUUGGCCCACUUACACCCCGGCCCAGAAGCAGGGUCUCUACAUGAAGUGGUAUGCCUCGGCUCUGGAGCUGAAUGUCUGGACGAAAUCAGAGGUUGUCAAGGCCGAGCAGGACGCCGAGGGGAAAUGGACCGUUGUCAUCAACAAGGAGGGCAAGGAGACUCGCACACUGCACCCUGAGCAUGUUAUCAUGGCCACAUCGCUCUGUGGUGUUCCUUCCACUCCCGCCGUGCCUGGCAUGGCUGACUUCCGGGGCGUGAUCCGUCAUUCCAGUGGCCACAAUAGUGCCCGCGACUUUGUCGGAAAGAAGGUCUGCGUCGUCGGGACCUCGUCCUCGGGCUUUGAUACAGCGUACGAAUGCGCUCGCCUAGGAAUUGAUGUGACACUCCUCCAGCGGUCACCGACCUACGUGAUGUCUUUGACACACUCUGUUCCCCGCAUGCUUGGAGGCUACGCACCCGACAAGAAUGGUAAGCUCCCUGAUACGGACGUACAGGAUCGGCUCAUGUUCGCUACGCCAGUUGGGCCCGGCGAGGAACUGGCCAAACGCACCGCCAAGACCCUUGAGGACCUUGACAGGCCCCUGCUCGAAGCUCUGAACGCUCGAGGUCUGCGAACAUGGCGCGGCCAGCGCGAUACCGGCAACUCCACACUAGGCCAGACUCGCAACGGCGGAUUUUACUUUGAUGCCGGUGCUUGCGAUGAAAUCAUCAAUGGGAACAUCAAGGUAGAGCCAGGGUUCAUUGAGAAGUUCACCGAAGAUAAAGUGAUCUUAAACGGCGGCCGUGAGAAGGAGUUUGACCUGGUCGUCUUUGCCACUGGAUUCUCCAACACAAUCGACUCAAUCCGAGCCACUCUCGGUGAGAAGAUUGCCAGCCAAUGCGGACCUAUUUGGGGUAUUGACGAGGAAGGGGAGUACAAGACGGCGUACCGUGAGACGGGAGUGCCCAACAUGUGGAUCAUGGUUGGGUUCUUGCCAAUGACUCGGUAUGCCUCGAAAUUGUUGGCUUUGCGACUGAAAGCGCUCAAGGAAGGCAUCUCCCCACCCCCUUACAAAGUUUAG